GGCAGCAGAUUGACUCUCCUCACAGGGUCAGUCCUUUCCCACAUCCACACAGUGGGUCUGUGGGUCUCUCUCCAUCACCCCCAACCCAGCACCUGUUCCCCUGAGGUUUGACCAUUGUCCCCCAGCAUGUGGCAGCUCCACACUCCUCAUUGUCCUCUGCAGCUCAGCCAUUGGCUACUGACUGUGAGAAACUCCAACCAGCCCAAGACCCACACAUUCAUAUGGAGAUUUGGGAGUAUAAAUAGAGGAGAUGAAGCCAGUGCUGAUCAGAUGCACUCUACACAGAGAGAACUACUACAGCUACAGCUAUGGCUCCUACAAUCACUUCCACAGCAGAUUACCCAAAGGAACACAUGGGUCUAAACCACAAGCAGAGAAAGCCAGUUGUUGAGAAGAUGCGCAGAGAUCGCAUCAACAACUGCAUCGAGGAGCUCAAGGCUCUCCUGGGUCCACAGGUCCUCAACCAACAGCCUGAAUCCAAGCUGGAGAAAGCCGACAUCCUGGAGAUGACUGUUUGCCUCCUGAGACAGAGGCUCCAGCAAAAUACAUUGUCCUCACCUGAUGCUAUUAACCAGGAAUUCUCCAGGUGUGCCCAAGAGGAUGAUCACUUCCUGGCAAAAAAUCAAGGAACUGUGGUGAAUCACCUCCAGACCCUGAAGCCAUCCUCUGAUGAGGACACAGAAGAGCCAGCCCUGCCUCGGAUGAGUGUGUUGGACCAGCACACACUGAGCAAAGAGAAAAGUCCAGCCAAGUGUGCCCCCUGGAGGCCGUGGUAGAAUAACAUGAAGUAGUUCAAGUUGAACAAAGGUCAAGCCUGCAAAUGCAGGUUUCAUGUUUUCUUUUCAUCAGAAAAGAAUGAAAAAUGUUUCCAGGAAGAAACACAGGAAGCCAUACCAGUGUGAAUGUCUUCAGUGAAGACUUUUUAAAUGUGACAAACUCCAUAGUUUGUGAAACUUUCAAGCAGACAUAUGGGUGAAAUUUUCAUAGCUGUAUAUGAAAAAACUCAAAUACUAUGUAAUUGAAAUGUAAUGACUCCACUCUGCUUUCUUUUAAGCGAAACUUUGUUUCUUAGGAAAUGCCACUGAUUUUAUGAAUGGAAUUCCCUCAAUGAGGGACAUUUUUUUUCUUUAUAUCUCAACUAGGGGAGAAAUAUGAAACUUUCUUAAGAGUUAAGAAACCUGAAUAUAUUUUCUUUCUUUCCAUUUUGUGCUUUCUAUGAAAUGUAUUUCUUAGGUACUGUAAUAACCACAAAGAGCUGUUAUAUAAAGUUUCUAUUGUCUUUUAGAAAGACCUCUUUCACUUGUCUCAGUAGAGACAAACCUAUUGAAGUAAUUAUAGACAGUGUCUUUGUUAGAAGUUGAUAGAACAUCUUUAGUGAUUUCAAAUGGCUUAAGUCAGAAAAAAGACAAUAAAUGAAUAUCUGCAAAUUUCCCUGAGUCUCUCUUUCCACUGUCAAUUCCAUGAUGGAUUGUUACAUUUCAGUCCUCCAGAAGAGGCCAAUAUGAAGGGCUCAUUGUAAGCUAACAAAAACACAAUGAUUCGUAU